CUGCCGUACUGACUGACGCCCAGGAUCUCCGGUUUGCAUAAGAACCGAGCGUAUUGUGAAGGAUAUUUCCGCCCCGGGAAGCUUCCUUAGUGACAGUCCUCAUCGGCGGAAGUGCCGACUUGAGUUACGCAGGGGCGCACUAGACGCCUGCAGUCCCUUAACCACAGUAUUACAAGUAGCCAGUAAACAUGCAGCGCCUGGAGGUUCUCAGCCGCCAGCUGACGGCAGCAUGCAUCGGAGAGGACAGGACGCCGCUGCUGGCGACCAGGGAAAUCUACGAGACCAUGCACAAGCGGUCUCUGGAGGACCCUGAGGGCUUCUGGGGCGACAUGGCGCAGGACUACUACUGGCAAGAUAAGUUCCCUGCCCGCGGCCACAUGAAGUAUAACACCGACGUGCGCAAGGGCCCCGUGUCCAUUGAGUUCUACCUCGGCGGCACCACCAACAUCUCGUACAACUGCCUGGAUCGUUGGGUGGCUGCUGGCCGUGGCGACGAGCCCUGUGUGUACUGGGAGGGCAACGAUGAGGACGAGCGCCGCAUUGUGACCUACAAGGAGAUGCUUGAUGAGGUUUGCCGCCUGUCCAACUGGAUGCUGUCCCGCGGCGUCAAGAGGGGCGAUGCCGUGACCAUCUACCUGCCCAUGGUUCCUGAGCUGCCCGCCGCCAUGAUGGCGUGCGCCCGCAUCGGCGCCGUGCACAGCGUCGUGUUCGCCGGUUUCAGCGCCGAGUCCAUGGCGCAGCGCAUCAUGGACUGCAACGGCAAGAUGGUCCUGACUGCCUCGGGCAUCAUGCGCGGCACCAAGCCCGUCCUGCUCAAGGAGAUUGUGGAGGACGCUCUGACCAUCUGCAAGAAGCAGAACCACCAGGUCACCUCGGUGCUGUGCCUGGAGGUUGCCAACGCCGUGCCCGCGUCGAAGACCCCCUUUGACAGCAGCCGCGACAUCUGGUGGGCUGACGUCAUCCCCAAGCAGUCGACCGUCUGCCCGCCCACGUGGCUCAACGCUGAGGACCGCUCCUUCCUGCUCUACACCUCGGGCUCCACCGGCAAGCCCAAGGGUGUGGUGCACACCGUUGGUGGCUACAUGGUGGGCGCUGGCGUCAGCUGCCGCUACCUGUACGACAUGCGCCCCGGCGAUGUGGCCUUCACCACCGCUGACUGCGGCUGGAUUACCGGCCACACCUACCUGGCUUACGGCCCGCUGCUGUGCGGUUGCGCCAUUGUGAUGAUGGGCGGCAUCCCCAACUACCCCGACGGCGGCCGCUGCUGGCGCAUGUGCGAGCGCUACAAGGUUCGCCAGUUCUACACCGCCCCCACGGUGCUGCGCUCGCUGCUGCAGCUGGGCGACAAGUGGCCCAAGGCCAGCAACCUCAAGUCCGUCCGCAUUCUGGCCUCGGCCGGCGAGCCCAUGAACGAGCACGCCUGGCACUGGUUCAACGACAUGAUUGGCGGCAAGAACGCCCCUAUCAUCGACACCUGGUGGCAGACGGAGACUGGCAUGGCCGCCAUCACCCCCCAGCCGGGCGCCUGGAACAACAACAAGCCGGGCUCUGCGGGCAUUCCCUUCUUCGGCAUCUGCCCCGUCGUGCUGGACCCCAACACUGGCAAGGAGAUGCCUCCGGGCCCUGCCGAGGGUGUGCUGGUGCUCAAGGGCGCCUGGCCCUCCAUGAUGCGCACCCUGCACGGCGACCACGACCGCUACGAGCAGGUGUACUUCGUGCCGUACAAGGGCUACUACUUCACCGGGGACGGCUGCCGCCGUGACGCCGACGGCCAGUACUGGAUCACCGGCCGUGUGGAUGACGUCAUCAACGUCUCGGGCCACCGCAUCGGCACUGCCGAGGUGGAGUCGGCGCUCACGGAGCACCCCGACUGCGCUGAGGCCGCCGUCAUCGGGGUGGACCACCCGCUCAAGGGCCAGGCGAUCUACGCCUUCGUGACCGUGUGCAGCCCCGAGAAGCAGACCGCGGCGAUGCGCAAGGUCCUCAACGACCACGUGCGCAAGGCCAUCGGACCUUUCGCUGUGCCCGAGGUGAUCCACUGGGCCCCCGGCCUGCCCAAGACCCGCAGUGGCAAGAUCAUGCGCCGCGUGCUGCGCAAGAUCGCUUCUCACGAGGAGAAGGAGCUCGGCGACAUCUCCACCCUGGCGGACCCUGGCGUCGUGGAGACGCUGAUCAGCCUGCGCGGCAAGUAAGCGGCUGGGUGAGUGCUGGCCGGCUGGCUGGUUGGACUGGCCUCGCCAUGUCGACUUCUGCGAAAUCAAACCCAAGUUGACGCUCACUGGCCUCUUCAGGACGCAGUUGCGAAUAGAUUGUGAUUUCGGGAUACACAGUGAGCGGCCUUCCGGUCUCGUUGUAUGCGUGCUUCGGGUUAGCGGUUCUGGCAUGGAGUCCCUGCGCGCUUGGCAGCUAGCUGCUAAGCAAGUGGUUGCUCUGGUGCCUGAGCCAAGCUUAUAUAAAGUGGAGGAAUUUUUUUGCUGUUCUCGGGUGUUUCUGUGCGGAGUCCUAACUGCCACGCCUAUUUUGGAAGGUGAUUUGUCUUGUGAACUUGGCUGGCAGCAGUCUUACCCCCGUUAAUGUGUGGAAGACCCGCCUCUAUGCGACCGCUCGAACAAUUUUGCGCUGUUGGAAAGCCGCUGAGAGCCAUGGAAGACGAGAUGUGUUGAUGAUGCGGUGGGUAGACAUGCCGGAACACCUUCGUGCUGGAGCGCGUGCGCCGGGCUGGAUGGCGUACAGCGUGAAUAGCACGAUGUACAACAUUUGUCUGUCCUAAAAUUUGUGCUGUCACUGAAUACCAAUCACAGUCGUGGCCGUCAGCGUGGGCCGCAAUUGGUCUUCCAGUGCGGCUACUCGUAUACUAGCGUCUGGGGGCUAGUAACCCUAGUUGCAUGAGGAGACGUUUAGUGGUUGUAGUUUCAUGAUAGUUCGAUUUAAAAAUAUGUGGGUUCUCGUUGCUUUCUGCGUUCACGCAAGCCCCUCUUCGUGCUGCAAUGCAUACACAGAUUGCAGUGCAAGGAUGUGGGUCUCGAGACGAGCGUCGCCGUACUGUUUUAGUCGGGGCCAUGGGCCUUUGCGGCGGCC